UUCAACUUCCCAAAUGUCACGCAAAAUUUCACUGAUUUGCCAUCUGGAUGGGAAGCAAGGUUAGACCGAAACGGUAGAGUGUUCUUUGUAGAUCACAACAAUAGGAGAACUACUUAGCAAGAUCCAAGAACGGCGACCUACAGUGUGGAGACAAUAUGGGAGAUUCACUCUGAACGGCACGUAUUCUAUCCAGGUGUUCCUGGCACUAGUGAAAAUAUGAAUCCAGAAAAUAAUGAAGAUGGAGUCAGAAGUGAGGAGAUAGUUUCAAAUGAGCCCACCAGAGAAUUUCCUAUUGACAAAGAAAAAGAACCUAAUAAACCUGAAGAUGAAGAAAUUAUCGAACACGAAACUGCUCCAGAUCAGGAAACAAUUCUAUCUAAAUCAGAACAUGAUGUCGAUUCAUCGAAAGAAGAGGAGAUCCAAAUGCUUUCAGAAUCUUCAGAGGAUACAAAGUCAUUCGAAAACCGCAGAAACACUUUGGCUUUAGGACCCAACCCAAGCCUCAGAAAAGGUCCACAAAAAGGUUUAGCCAAAGGUCCUAACCCUAACUUGAGGUUGAAAUAGGAUGGAUGACAUAGAAGACUUUGCAACAUGAAUAAUUUGUAAUAUAAAAUCAUGUUGUUCUUGGGCAAGCCUAUAAAUUUGAACAUUUGAAUUCAAAUGUAGAUUACCAUGAAAUAUGAACUAAAAAAUAGUAUUCGCACUCAAUUUAAACAAGAAAAAAAUUCAGAGUAAAUUACGAUUACGGUUUUAAAACCUGACCUACAUUAACCUGAACUUUAUAUCGAAAAGUCACGAAUAAUUCCAAUAUAAAACUUCUAUAAUAAAUCCCAACUUUCCAACUUCACAC